GUGACUACCGAUGCGCGGCGGUCGGUUGCGGGCUUGAGGCUACGAGGAGGGCGGGAUUGAUGAGGUGCUCAGGGAGUUGUACUCCGCCAUAUAAGCCGCACUAUUGUAGUAAAGAUCUUCAAACGCAGGACUGGAAGCGACACAAACCGUACUGCAAGCCAGGCGUCGCCAUGCCCGUUCCCAUAGAAGAUGCGCAGGCUUCUGGCUUACCGUCAGGCGGAGUAGAGGAGGGCCCGUCUUCGGGGCCGUCUGCAGAAGGAGACAUCAUCGACGAACCGCUCCCGGCUGACCCAAGCAGAGAGUACAUGUUCCGUGCAUCCGUACCACAGGUGCCUGGUGGAUCAGUCCAAAUAAUGUCAUCGACGAUGAGCCCGGCCCUGAUGAGGGAAGUCCGAGGGCACAUAGAGAGGCUGGCUAUGGAGGACAUGAUGGCGCGACAGUGAUGUGCUGUGAGAGCACAGCAAGUAGCUUGUCAAUUGAAGGCAUAAUGCUCUACAAGAUAUCUGUCAUCUUUUCUGGUAUCCGUUAGGCUAUGUGGGACAGCCAGUGUUCGUGGACGCAAUACGGUGCAAAGACUCGGCUCAGA